AUGUCGGACCAAACCGGAUCAGCUGAUACAUCGAGUUCCUCUGACCUUAAAGCCGGCCAUGCUCCAGCUAAUAAAGUUGGUGGCAUGCGUGUCGGUGCACCUCGUCCACGUCAUACAUCACAUGGUGAAGAAAAGAGUGCUGGCGACAAUGUAGAAAGCGGACAAGAAACAACAGGCGACAAUAAAGCUGCUCAAGAAGGUGGUGCUGGCAAUACAACCGGAGAUGCCAAUGAUGACCAAGCAUCCGGAGCUGUUGCUAAUCGUGCAGCAGGUGAAAUGGUUGCUGGCACAUUCGUACCAAUUAAAGAAGCUUUUCCAACUGAAGCUGUGAAACAUAUUCAUGAUAAACCUGGCGUACAUCCCAAGCACGAUAUUCAUACUCAUGGACGACAUGAUGAUCAACGAUUCAUAAAUCAACCACGUAAACAAUAG